CAGGCCUGUGUUUCACUGUGGAGGAGAAAUGGUUGCAGACUCAGGCUUUGUGGGCAGUGAAGGAUUUCCAAGCUACUACAAACCCAACAGCAAAUGUACCUGGCGCAUUACAGUGAGUCACUGGCCCUGCACUACAUAUCACUCCUCCAUUACUCUGAAUGUUGCCUACAGACUGACCUAAAGCCUUUUCUGCCCUCUGUCUGAACUCCAGGUCCCAGAAGGCAAUGUGGUCAUGCUCUCCUUCCGCAUCUUCGACCUGGAGGCCGAUGCCAUGUGUCGCUAUGACUACCUGGAUGUGUACAACGGCCACUCCAACAUGGUGCAGAAACUGGGGAGGUUCUGUGGAACGUUCAGGCCUGGUACUCUCAUCUCCACCACCAACACCAUGAUGCUGGAGAUGGGGUCCGACUCUGAGACUGGAGGGAGGGGCUUCCUUGCUUACUUCAAUGGAGGAAAACCACAUGUGGAUGGUGAGCUUUACAGUAUAACUUGGGCUCUUUUCUAAGGAACAACAGCUUUCUGAUUUCCCAUGUCUAUUAGCUCACAUACGGUUACGAAGGCUAAUACCAAUGUCAAAUCCUGUAUUCACUUGAUUAUUUAUUGAUCUGUAUAUUAAUCAUUUCAGAUCACCAAUUCUGUGGAGGCAAGAUGACAAAGGCCCAGGGUGAAGUUAAAACACCCAACUGGCCUGAGAAGAAUUACCCAGCAGGCAUCAGCUGCUCCUGGCUCGUCACAGUAGAGCCUGACCAGGUCAUUACCCAUGAUGCUCAGAUUUUCAUGUUCUUUAUUCUGCAAAUGAUGCUGUCAUUGUGUUGCACAAACCACAGAACCGAAUGUGUACCUAAAUGCAUAAAUAUAUUGGAGAUUCAAGCAACGUUCAUCGUGAGUAACGUUGUAUUUUGUCAUUUUUUUUAUUUCUGUCUUUGGGCUAGGUGAUUGAGGUGAAGUUUGAUAAGUUUGACUUGGAAUCAGACAGUUACUGCCGCUUUGACUAUGUGGCCUUCUUCAACGGUGGAGAGAAAGAUGACUCUCGACGCAUUGGAAAAUACUGUGGAGACGUCAGCCCCCAGUGAGUGGUGCAAGAAUGUACUCUGUUUGUGUGUUAGCCUGACUUCCUGUGUUUAUGCUUAUGUUUGUCUGUGGUCUAAGUCUAUGAUGAUAUACAGAUGUUGGAUCGUAAUUUGAUCAUCCUGUUGCAGGAGAACUUUCCUUCAAUGUAGGAAAUGUAAAACUUGCAGUGUAUUUGAGGUUUAAAAAGGCUUCUGAAGUUUAUAAUUUACCUUUGAAAUUUCAGACUUGAUUUUCUCUUAAGAAAAAUGUAUCAACCCCUACAAAAAAUGUAUACUAAUUUUAAUCAUAAUAAUUGAUAAUAAUUCACAUUUCCUGUUGUUGCAGAAUUCUUUUCCUGCUGUAACAAACUGGCUCAAAUUAAGAUCCUACACCUGUAUGUCUGUUUGUUUUUGGCACUUCCUUUAGCUGCUAGCAUACAUCUCACUGUACUCCACUCUGCUCCAAUCCUCUGUAUCACUCUCCGCCCACAGAACCAUUGUGACCAAUGGGAACGUGCUCCUUGUGCAGUUUGUGUCUGACCUCAGCGUGACAUCCGAUGGCUUCAUGGCCAGUUACACCAGCGUCCCCCGCGGAUCCAGAACACCCACAGCAGACAACACAGGAUCAGGACCCCGUAUAGAGUCAGUCCCCGGGAGGCCUGCAGUCAAACCCAUCCUGCCUGGGAGAACAGUCAUCACAACCACCACCACCACCAAGCCACCCACUACAGACAGAUACCAGGUCCCCACAACCCCGCAGCCCAAGGAGCCCACUGUUAAACCCAAACCAGUCAAACCAGUCAGGACCCGCCCACCAAAUAAGCCAGGCUCAGACAGGACCAGAGUGACUAGACCAGACGGCAAGAGGCCAGGUAAGAGAAGCUGAAGCACUGGUGUAGCAAGAGCUGAGUUUAUAUAUACAUAUGUCUGUGUGACUGUGUGUGUUAACAAUGUUUGUAUUUUCUAGUUCCCCUGAACCCACUGUGUGCAAAGGCAUGUAAGAGGGAUGGAAACAUCAAGAGCAGUUUCUGUGCCAGCGAAUUUGGUGAGUUCCACUUGACAGCAGCAUCAUUGGAUAGCCAAAAAAAAAAAAAUAUUUUUUAUGAUUAUUGGAUAGAGAGAGGUGAAAGACUGCUGGAUAGCCAAAUUAAUCAAGCUUAACAUCUGUACAAUCAUUACACAGAGAUGUUGAGUUCACAGCAAGUUCACAGCAUUGCUCAGGCAAUUAAACACAGCAGUCACACCACAUACAGUACAUAAACACAGCUAAACCAGUGCACAUCUAUCUAUCUAUAUCUAUCUAUCUAUCUAUCUAUCUAUCUAUCUAUCUAUCUAUCUAUCUAUCUAUCUAUCUAUCUAUCUAUCUAUCUAUCUAUCUAUCUAUCUAUCUAUCUAUCUAUCUAUCUAUCUAUCUAUCUAUCUAUCUAUCUAUCUAUCUAUCUAUCUAUCUAUCUAUCUAUCUAUCUAUCUAUCUAUCUAUCUAUCUAUCUAUCUAUCUCCCUCUUUCAGUGAUCACGGGUAAGGUGACAGCGCUGACUCCUGGUCCUCAGGGCAGUGUCUAUAUCGGUGUGUCUCUCAUCAAGGCCUACAAGGCUGGCCGGUUGACCAUCACCCAGGCUGGAGUGAACAUGUCUGUCAAACUGGUGUCAGCCUGCAAGAAGUGCCCUAUCAUCCGCAGAGGUACUCUAUUUUUCUUCCCAGUCAAUCUGACUAGCAUGUACAAAUGCACACACACUGCUGAUUUAUCAGUUAUGUUGUGUCAUCAUACACAGUAUUGCCAGAUUGCCUUAGAAAUGUAUUUUUAAUCUCUUUCUCAGGAAUGCCCUACAUCUUGAUGGGCCAUGUGGAUGAGGAUGGGCGUGGCACAAUGGCUCCUGGGGCUUUCACUGCCCCAUACAAGGCCCCAUAUCACAAACUGCUGACCAAUAUCAACAACCAACCAUGCUAACCUCACACACCAAUAAGGGGCCAGGAAAUCCAGUCUCAUGCAUGGAUACCUUGACAACCAAGGUUAUGGUGCCAAAAAAUGAUCUUUAUUCCUGAGGAGUCCAUAUCGAAACUGAAUGGUCUUGUUUUUUCACUUAAUGUUUGAUGACACUAACUUAAUUUCUGAAAUCUCCUUUCAUCGGUUCCUCACAGGUUCAGAUUAAAUGACAAGCAUCACAUAGCAACAGUUUUACCCACCUCAUAAUAGGGCUAUAUAUGGUAUUAUUUUUGUAGUUUUAUACACAUGCAAAUGUCAGGCCUUAUAUUUGUAAUUUAUGUUUCUAAAUAAAGGAUUUACAGCACAUGGUGCUGGUUGUAUAUA